ACGAAAAGGAUCUCUUAAAACUCGAACGAAACGAUAACAGUUCACCGGGGCUGAGUUGAUUUCUUCGAUCGGUGGACGCUGGGAAUGGUUCGAAGAGAGGAACAGUCGGAUUGUUAUUUGAAAGACUCAUCAUGCGAAACGCGUCCUAGUCCCAGCCGAGUCUUCCUCGCCUGAGCUGGUAAUACAUACUCACCAAGUUCGAGAUACCCACGCUUUCUUUCCGUCACUCCCUCACACUCUCUCUUACGAUCUCUGUUUUCUCGUCGAAGUUGACUCGGUAGACCAAGAGGUGCCUGCGCAAAUCUCACGACGAACAAGAAAAACGGCACAUAAAUAUUUACAGCAACAAAAGAAGAAGAGAAAAGAAUGGCCCAACAUCGAACAGCUUCCCUAGUCGACGGCCGUACCCGAGAUGGUGGAGCGGGGACUCAUUUUCUGCUUGGAACAAUCACCAAGAUCGUGUGCAAUGAGCCCAGGUCACGGAUCGACAUCAACCUGGAUGAACGGCUGGUCAAGGAGGAGGAGGAGCAGGAGGAAGAUGGAGGAUGUGGACAAUCGACCUCAAACGGCAGGACGAGUCGCCGGAGCAGUCAGAUUCGACAGCCCGUCCAUCGUAUCAGAUUCCUUGGAGCCUGGUGUCGGACGUUCCUCCAUGACCUCAAGACCGCCUCAAAACUGAAGCUCGACAUGGACGCGUAUGAGCCCGAAUUCGAUCAGGCAGGAAACCGUUGGGUCUUCAGGAACGGCGUGCGCGUCGAAUUACUCAUCGAUAACCCUUUUCCCACACAACUCCCUUUCUUCCUCAAGACCGUCGAUUUAGUUCCACGUCUUUCAAGCGAUCUGCUUGAGCCACCACCCAACCCCAAAACUCGUCAAUCUGAUCUUCAAGUAUCACCACACAUCCCAUCCACAACUCAUUCUCAACAGAACCUACACGCCAGCCAAAGAACCUCAAGAGUGAACGACGAAUCGGCCAGCAGACCAACGGCAAAACGAACCCGAGUGGCGGAAUGCGAUCCGCAAGGAAGUCAAAUUCCCAAUCGUCACGAUCGGACUACAACUCCUGUGGCAAGCCAACAAGGCUCCUCAUCAACCAACUCAAACUCCCAUCAACGCGCACACAUUCACUCAAAUCAAUUGCACUACACUCCCGGCCAUCCAGAUCCACAUCAAUCCUCAACCCUUACGACUCCCACUACCCCUCAUACUUCGACACGUGUUAACCCCACCAAUCCUCUCAAUCCAUUCGCUCCAGCUGUCUCGCAAACCCUAACAAAUCUCACACCAGCUUCUCACACACAGGCUCUCCCUUUGAAGACAUUAGACGAGAUUGAUCAGAUGGAAGGAGGGACAAAAAACUCGUUCAAUUUGAUCGCGUUCAUCGAGGAGAAGAAGACAGAAGAAUGUGAGCGAUCGACCCGGGGGAUGACGGACUACAAGAUGACGCUCUAUCUGCGCGACUCGUCGCGCCCGAUGAGCACGCGAAAUGUGACCUGCAACCUUUUCUGGAAGACCUUAGAAGACUGUCCGCCGUGGGGGAAGGCGAUGUGGAAGGUGAUCUUCCUCUUCAACGUCUUCAAACGGGCCUCGACGAUCUACGACACCCAGAUCGUUGGGCCUUCCAACGGCUUCCAAUGGGCCCUCUGGUCCCCCGGAUACACCGGCUCCGCCGAACAGUUCUUCUCCAAUAACAAAAGUAUCAAUCAGUUUUGCUCCCUCUUUGGCUCAACUCCGGAGGAUCUUAAGGCGAAGGCUCUCGCGCUCUUCGAUCAUCAGAACCAAUCUUCCUUGUCCAAUCCAUAUACUCAACCCGCUACUCCCAUCGUCAAUUCAAUCCCCAAAACUAUCUCUGAACUGACAAACAACUGCCGUCAGAAAUUUGAUUUAUGUGUCCAGGUCGUAGAUCUUUGGGUGGAUGGAGUAGGAAGUGACCGAAUGACGGUGACGGAUUACACGCGGAACUCGAUUCUACGGUCACCGAAGCCGAUCUCCAUGACAGAUGGGUCGUCGCGGAUAGUCGAGAUGCAUGUAAACCAUGGGGGGGAUGAGACGAACUGGGGUGUGACUGAGAGUCGAGUGAUGACGGUCUAUAUUGAGCAGCCGAUCCUGCAGACAUGUUAUGAGCAGUUUGUCGAUCACUCCGAUAGUCUCGCAUCCCGGACGCCCAACGCCUACGACUACCGGACCACACUCAUCAACAAAGUCGUCAGGCUCUCCCAACUCGACCUCCGCCUCCGCGCCGGCAGCAACCAGUCCGGCGUCAUCUACGCUCUCAUCGCUAACCCCCGCAAAUCUCGCCUCGCUGGACCCGACGAUAGCUUCGAUAUCGACCCCGAUACUCGCACCCUUCUGGCUGAUAGAAUCGUCCCCCUCGCGCCUUCCGAACCUGCAUAUCGAAAACUGUUGCAGGAUAAAGAAAUCUAUACUCGUGAAUUGGAAAAGGCUGUCUGA